AUGGCUAGUAUGGAACGGGAAUUAUUGCCAUUUCUGGAAAAUAUCUCAUCCUAUUCUGAUAAUGUUUUCUAUGCAUUUGUCAAAGAAUUUGUUGGCGAAGUAGAAAGUGAAAUUUUAGAAAUACAACGUAUAAAAAAUGUUCGAAUUUUAUUACAAGUACCAGAUGUCUUUAUAUUUUUGCAAAUAAAUUCUAAAGAUAUAUUUAAACUAAAAGAACGAGCUUGUUUUGUCACGGAUGAUUUGCAGUAUAUUGUACGACCAGGAAUUAAAUCUAAUUUGGAGCAAUUUAUUGAAACUUUGAGAAAAUAUUAUAAAUCAACAUCACAUAAUGAGGAUUUUGUUUCCUCUCAAACAACAACCAAUGUAACUAAAGAAACAACUCAUUGUAUGUGUCAUUUGAUAGAUAUUUAUCAAUCAAAUCAAUCAAAAGCAUUUAUUAAUAUUUUUGUUAGCAAUCUGUUGAAGAAUAUGACACGAUCUAGUAAUAAUUACCAAUUUGAUCCUAUCGUUAAUAAAUUUGCAUCAGUUUUCAACAUAUUAGCUGGAAACAAUGCCUAUGAAUUCAUUCGACUUAAUUUACCAGGAUCUCUACCUUCUACUACUACAUUAAAAUCUUAUAAUCAAAAUAUGAAUUUGCAAUUAAGUGAAUGUGAAUUUCGAUUUGAUUCUCUCAAAGACCAUUUAGUAUUCGUUGAUUCUAAUCAUGUAUUUGUGUCAGAAGACUCAACUAGUGUCAUUAGUUCGGUAUCUUACGAUAGUAAAACUGAUUGCUUUAUUGGAUUUUCUCCUCAGUUAGUAAAUGGUUUACCUUCUGUUGAUCAAUUUCAAACCAAUAGUUAUACUGAAUUGCAGCAAUGGUUCGAAGACUUCGAUAAAUCUACACUAAUAAAUGCACAUUUAAUUGAACCUCUAAUAAGAAAUACUUCAUCAUUAGUUCAUUCACGACCAUUUAUUCUGUCUGCUUAUGGAACAAACAAUAAAUAUACUGCUAUAGAUGUUCUUCGAAAAUGGAUGUAUUUGUAUCAUGAAUGUAAAAAAAGAAAUAUUAGCGUUGUUGGUUUUUCAACUGAUUGUGAUUCACGUUACCUGAAAGCUAUGCAAUUGUCUUUAGGUUUCUUCACUCGAGCACCAAAUAUCGAUUUAUUAACUGGCAAUAGUAGUUUACUUGAAAUCAAUAUUGCAUCGCAUUGGAAUUUUUUUUUCAUAAGACCAACUCAACCAUAUCUUUGUAUGCAAGAUGGCAUACAUCUUGUCACAAAAAUCAGAAAUCGUCUUUUAUCAGAAACAGCAACUAUGUCUAUUAAUAAUGAAAAAAUAGAUGUAAAUCAUUUAUUUUAUAUAAUUCAGAAUUAUCCGAAGAUCGAUCACAAUCUAGUAAAAUCAGAUAUUUUCCCUCAUGAUCGACAAAAUUAUUCUUCAUGCGUAAAGAUAACAUCCGAUGACGUUUUAAAUUUACUAAAGCAUAUAAAUGCUUCAGCUACUUAUGUUUAUUUAUAUUUAUUAAAAUUAGUAAUUCUUACUUAUGUUAAGGCAGAUACUGAUAUUCUUGCCCGUUUAUACUAUGGUUGGAUAGUGACUUUCUCUUAUCGAAUGUGGUGGAGUAGUCUUCAAAUCAAACGAAAUUUUUCUCAAAAGGAAAAAGAUAAUUGUUUUAUUACACGAGCUGCUUGGUUAUCAUCGGAGUUAAAUGUUCAUUGUUUAACAGCAAUAAUAAUUUUAGUAGCUGAAGGACGGUUACCAUCUUAUGCAAUUAAUACACAUCUUUUUAGUAGUCAACCUUGCGAGGCGACAUUCCGCAGUGCUCGGGCUAUGACUGGUAUUCUUUCGUCCAUAACAAAUUUCUUUGUAUUCGAGUUUUUACAGAAAAUUGGAAAAAUUUCAAUUUUAAAUGAAAUAAAGUCUACAGAGGAGGCCAAUGAUGAUGCCCAUUCAUUAAAAUUUCCUGUUCAUCACAAAAGUCGACAUAGAGGAAUAACCAUAUCUACAAAUACUCCAAUUACUUCAACAAUAACAACUAAUGAUAUAGAACAAAUAAUUAUUAAAGCUUACCGUAAAGCAGAAUCUAUUAUGGAUAGUUUACAAUUAACAAGAACACUCAAGGAAAACAAUUUAAAUGAUUUCAUAACACUUAAUGAAUUUGUUUUUCAACAACUUACUGGAAAAUCAACAGUAGAUUAUUCUUAUUUUAAUGAAGAAGAUCUUCAAGACAGUCCAGAUAAUAAUGAUAGUAGUAAUAGUGAAAUUGCGAAUGAACUUACCGAAACAAAUUUUGAAGCGAAUGACUAUUGUUCAGAUGAAGAUGAUGCAAAUGAUUAUUGUGUGACAAGUGCGAAGGAGACAUUUGAAGGAAUGAGAGUUUAUGAUCAAAUUGAUCCGUCGAAAAAGUCUCAUUAUUUUCAAAUUAUCAUUAAUAAUAAGUCAAAAUUUAUCCAUAAGCAAACGGCAGCACGCCUAUUGACUAUAAAUAAAAACUGCUUAUCAUCAGAUAGACGAACACGAGUUCAACAGACAAAUCAACAACGUUAA